CCGGCCCGGCGGGUCCCGUCGGCUAUAUAUAAUUGGGACGCUCGCUGCUCUGCUCUCACCACAGACUACUACUGCUUCGAGUCACGACCCACGGACAGUCGAUCGGAUCGAUCUCCCCUCCAAAUCAUUCCAAGCUAGCGAGCCUCUUCGUCCAUCAGCGCACCGGGCGUUCUCUGAAACUCCAAAUCUUGGAUUAAAUCAUCAGCCAUGGCCAAGCAAAAGAUCGUGAUCAAGGUGCCGAUGUCGAGCGACAAGUCGCGGUCCAAGGCCAUGGCGCUGGUGGCGGCGGCGGGCGGGGUACACUCGGUGGCCAUCGCCGGCGACGGCAAGGACCAGGUCGUCGUCGUCGGCGAGGGCGUCGACUCCAUCAAGCUCACCACCGACCUGCGCAAGAAGAUGGGCGACGCGCAGCUCGUCGAGGUCGGAGAGGACAAGAAGAAGGAGGAGAAGACGAAGCCCGACCCCGUCGCCGACGCUGUGGCAGCCUACUACAACAGCCAGUACUACUACCACUACCCGCCGCCGCCGCCGGCGGUCGCCGUCGCCUACGACCCCUACUCGCGGCCGGGCAGCACCUGCUCCAUAAUGUAGACUACUACAGCCUGUGCAUAUGUCUCUAAUUUAAUUAAUGAAAAGGGAAGGCCAUGUGUUGUGUAA